GAAUUGGCACCUGGUAAAGCCCGAAUAGCCAAAGUGAAGAAUUGGCUCUCGGAAGCUCUUUACGGAUAUCCUGCCGACGUUGUUUUACCUCCUGCUGGAAUGAGCAAUCAAAGUAAAGAGAGAAUAAGGAAGUACAAGAGGAUUUUGUUAUUGACUGGACCGGCAGGAGCUGGAAAGACUACGACGAUUAGGGUGUUGGCUAAAGAGAUGGGUGUGGAAUUGGUAGAAUGGGGAGAUAGUAUGGAUGAGUAUUCGGUCGGUUUGGGUACGUAUCACCGUUCUCAUCUUCCCCCUUCUUCCCUGCUUCGUCUCUGUCCUCCGUCUUCUUCCCUGUCCUCACGUCCUGACCCCGGCUCAAGGUCUCCCUUCAAUGCUUUUAGACCUAGAAUACUAUUCAUGAGCUCUUUACCUAAUCUCACACAUUUACCUACGAGAGAAGCUUUUCACUCGGCACUAGUGACAUUCUGCAAAACCUUUACUCUGGACAGCUGUCCUUUGGUGAUUGUCCAUAGUGAGGCUGGGUCGGGUGGGAGGGCGGAGGAGAGUUGGAUGGAUAGAGAGGGAGGUGGAAGAGAAGGGGCUGUUAGUGUAGUUGGGAAAGAAGUCUUAGGUUCUCCCUACUGCCAGGAAAUAGACUUCAUACCGCUCGCCCCUACAUUCAUCACGAAAGCUCUCUCACGUGUGCUCGACCAAGCUAUUCCAGACGUCAAGCAACGACCUCCUCACUCGGCCGUCCAGCUCAUCGCCCUUUCUGCCAAUGGUGACUUGCGAUCUGCGAUAAACUCUUUGCAGAUGCUAUGUGGUCAAAACACCCGUCUGACGGGUAACAAGCGAAAGCGGAAGAAUCGCGAUAUCGGCUCUGGCUCGUCAAAAACGGGUCGAGGUAGUAGGGGUGGUAAAGGAGCUCGAAUCGAUGUCUCUGACGACUUGAGAGCUGUACUCGAUAUCGUGGCGAAACGAGAGAAUAGUCUGAACCUGUUUCAUUCCCUCGGCAAGGUCUUUUACAACAAACGUCAGCAGAUGGACUUUGAUCCGCGAAUAGACGAAGAAGAUCAAGAGGUCGUUGCUACCGUCCGGGCUCUUGCCGUGGACGAUCCACUACCGUCUCACUUAGAGCAAUAUCAAAGAUCCAAAUCUCUGGUUCAAGCGGAGAAUUUCCUCCCUACGAUCUCUGUCGACGCAUCCACAUUUUCUUUAUGGCUUCAUCAAUCGUUGCCCUCUUUUUGCACGGAUAUCGAUCAAGUUGCCGAAGCAUACGACGAUCUUUGUCGAGCAGACAUGAUGCGUACGGAUGAUGACAUUUGGCAAUCCAGUCCUCAAGCCAUCGCAUAUGCGUUACACAUUGUCGUCCGCGGUUGUCUCUUAGCCCUCCCAUCCCCGGUACCUAGAAGGAAUAACCAGAAAGUUAUUAAACCUCAAUGGUUCGAUGCCUAUCGUUCCGAAAGGGAGAACAGUAGUCGGAUCAAUAUGACCUGGGCAUCUUUGGCAAAACAAGCUAUCAAAUCAUCUUCCAUCGCUUCUGACGUUUCACUGCAUGAGACCCUGUCAGAGUCGACAGGUUGGGGAGGUAUACAAAGUCGGUCCAUCCUGGCAACAGAGACAAUUCCCAUGAUGCUCAAACUUGAGAAACUUCAUAAUCGUCCUCUUUUACCCCCAAAUGCACAAAAUCUGUCCUUACCACCAUACGCAACGUUUAUACGUACUCAAUCAUUGGACGAGAGAGAUACAAAUGAAGAAGAAGAAGAGCCUUCUUUUAAAGAAGAAGUGAUGAGAAAUUGGGAAGAAGAUGAGGAAGAAGAAGAAACGAGUUGGUUGAAAGAUGAUGAGAUUGAAGAUUGGGAUUGA